UUAUGAGUAAAUGUCAUAUACUAACCUAACAAAUUUUUAUGGUUGAUGUUUAUACAAAUUUAUAUGAAAUAAAUAAAUAAACAAAAAUUGCAAAAGCAAGAAUGGAUGCAUCGACAUUAGAAGGUCCUGAUUUCGACCUUUAUGAAGUUUUGGAUAUAGAGCCUUCUUGUUCUAUAAAUGAUAUGAAAAAAGCUUACAGAAAAAAAGCCCUCCAAUGCCAUCCUGAUAAAAAUCCAGAUAAUCCAGAUGCAGCUGUAGAAUUUCAUAAGCUCACUAGAAUCUUGGCAAUAUUAUCAGAUGAAAAAGUUAGACUGUCAUAUGAUAAAAUAUUAAGAGGUCGUGAAGAAGCAGCUUUAAGACAUAAAGAAUUGGAUAGCAAACGAAAAAAAUUUAAGGAGGAUCUAGAAAGCAGGAACGCCUUGCUAACAAUCAGGGACUGAAAUUUGCAAAAACUUAAGGAAGAAAUUGAGAGAUUAAGAGAAGAAGGUUCUGAAGCUCUGGAGGAUGAAGUUAAAUUGGUGACAAAUAAGAUUAGAGAAGAACAUGGUUCAUGAGAACAUUGUGAUGGGUCGAAAUAUAGAAUCAAAAUAAAAUGGAAAGCUGCAAAAACUGAUGAAUCCAAUGGUGGUUAUUCGUAAGAUUUGUUGCUCAAAUGUCUAUCUAAAGUAAGAUCUUUUUUCAAAUCUGUUAUCCAUCCUGUUCAUUGGAGUUUGAUAGAUAAUUUUAUUUAUUUAUUUAUUAUUCAAAUAAAAAUAUUAAUUUUUUUCUCG